UGAAAGGGUUCAGCAGCAGCCGGAAGUCCCCCAUCUCUCUCUCUUUCUCCCUCUCGAUCUCGUUCUCGAUCGGUGCAAGAUGGACGUGAACGAGGAGGCGAUGGCUGCUCACAGGCGCGCAUUCCUGGACUUCUUCGAUCAAGAUGUGGGCAAGGGUUUCUACAUGAAAUCCAUAAGGGACAUGAUCCAGAGUAAGCGCCGCCGCCUCAUCGUCGGCGUUGAUGACAUCCGCAAUUACAGUCUUGAUCUUGCCCGGAGGUUGAUUCUUAGCCCGGCGGAGUAUAUCCUGCCGAUCUCGGACGCUCUGACGGAGGUCACGCGCAACGUGGACCCAAAGUAUUUGAAGGAAGGGGAGCGCGUGCUCGUGGGUUUCAGCGGGCAGUUUGGUUUCCGUAAGGUCACGCCUAGGGAUCUCAUGUCCUCCUUCAUCGGCUCCAUGGUUUGCGUGGAAGGCAUCGUCACGAAAUGCUCUCUCGUAAGGCCAAAAGUUGUUAGAAGUGUUCACUAUUGUCCUACAACAGAACAAUUUACAACUCGUGAAUACAGGGACAUUACAUCGAUGGUGGGCUUGCCCACAGGUUCUGUUUAUCCAACCAGGGAUGAAAAUGGUAACCUAUUGGUUACUGAAUAUGGUCUUUGUGAAUACAAGGAUCAUCAAACUCUAUCCAUGCAAGAAAUGCCUGAAAAUUCUGCUCCUGGUCAGCUUCCCAGGACUGUAGAUGUCAUUAUCGAAGACGAUCUAGUUGAUUGUUGCAAACCUGGUGACCGUGUAGCAAUUGUGGGGAUAUAUAAAGCACUUCCUGGGAAAAGCAAAGGCAGCUUGAAUGGAGUCUUCAGGACUGUUCUCAUAGCCAACAAUGUUUCUCUUUUGAACAAAGAAGCAAAUGCACCAAUAUAUUCUCUUGAAGAUCUGAAAAGAAUGAAAGAGAUAGCAAAGAGAAAUGAUACAUUUGAUUUGCUUGGAAACUCGCUGGCACCAUCAAUAUAUGGUCAUUUGUGGAUUAAAAAGGCAGUCAUCUUGCUGAUGCUUGGUGGAGUUGAAAAGAAUUUGGAAAAUGGAACCCAUUUAAGAGGAGAUAUAAACAUGAUGAUGGUUGGUGAUCCUUCAGUUGCCAAAUCCCAACUGUUAAGAGCUAUCAUGAACAUUGCACCACUAGCUAUCUCAACAACUGGUCGAGGUUCAUCUGGUGUUGGUUUGACAGCUGCUGUCACUUCUGACCAGGAAACUGGUGAGAGAAGGCUUGAAGCUGGUGCAAUGGUUCUCGCUGAUCGUGGUGUUGUGUGCAUUGAUGAGUUUGAUAAGAUGAAUGAUCAAGAUCGUGUUUCCAUACACGAAGUUAUGGAACAACAGACUGUGACGAUUGCCAAGGCAGGGAUUCAUGCAUCACUAAAUGCUAGAUGCAGUGUUGUGGCUGCAGCAAACCCUAUUUAUGGAACUUAUGACCGCUCAUUGACACCAACAAAGAACAUUGGACUGCCAGAUUCAUUGCUUUCUCGUUUUGACUUGCUAUUUAUUGUCCUUGACCAAAUGGAUCCUGAAAUUGACCGUCUUAUUUCAGAACAUGUCUCACGAAUGCAUAGAUAUUGUGCAGACGGUAGAGGAGUUGGAAGUCUUGAUAAAUCUUCAAGAUACACUGAAGAAGAUGAUGGUGAUGCAAAUGCAUCCGCUUUUGUCAAGUAUGAUCGCGUUCUUCAUGGCCAAGAAAAGAGAAGGGGUAAAAGGCAAAAACAUGAGAGACUCACUAUCAAGUUUCUUAAGAAGUUCAUCCAUUAUGCAAAGAACAGGAUUCAGCCAAAGCUUACCGAUGAGGCAUCUGACCAUAUUGCAACUUCGUAUGCGGAGCUUAGGGAUGCCAGUUCAAAUGCAAAGUCUGGAGGAGGUACACUUCCUAUAACUGCAAGAACCUUGGAGACUAUGAUCCGUCUUUCAACAGCUCAUGCCAAAUUGAAGUUGAGAAAUGAGGUUUUGAAAACUGAUGUCGAGGCAGCUUUGCAAGUCCUAAAUUUUGCUAUAUAUCACAAAGAACUAACUGACAUGGAAGAGCGUGAACAACGAGAACUCGAGAUGAAACAGAAAGCUGAUCAUGAUGCUGGCCAGAACAUUGGUGAUCUUGGUGGUAGAAGUACCACUAUGGACGAGAUGGAUGUAGAUAUACACCAUGCUGCAGAUCAGGAUAAUCUACCCACAGACAGAAUUGAAGCAUUUGAAUCCAUCUUAGGCCAGCAUGUGCUGGCCAACCACUUGGAUCAAAUUUCCAUAUCUGAAAUCGAACAGAUAGUCAACAGGGAAGCAGUGAGGCCUUACACCAGGCAUCAGAUAUCAUUGAUCUUGGAGAGAAUGCAGGAUUCCAACAGAAUUAUGAUCAGGGAUGGAAUUGUUCGAAUUAUUUAGCCAGGAAAUUCUCCAUUGUUUAGAAGUGCACCAUGAUGGUGAUAAGCUAUCAUCUGCACCAGGAAGAUCAUUACAUCCCCAUUAUCCCCCUACUGUUUAUUUGACCCUUUGUACUGUUGUUUCGGAGCAUAUCAGUUUGCAUGAACCUAAUGUGGAAGACUGCCCUGUUCAGUAUCCUUUUCCUGUGAAUGAAUCACACUCUAAUUCUGUGUUUGUCUG